AUGUACCAAGUGGACUACAUCGCACUGAAGUUUAAAAGAUUUGGGGUGACCGCUCAGCGGUUUACAGAAGUUUAUUCGACUACAAAGCGAAACUUUGGCGGCUUUGCGGGCUUGCAUCAUCUGCGAAGCACUAAUCAGGAGCUGACGAAUGGCUUGUGUUUAAAAUUAUUUGGGCAUCGAUGCCUGUCUGUGCGCAGAGCAGGACCGACAGCACGUUGGGGUGGAGUAGACACCGUCUUUACUCUGGGAUCCAGGGUCCGUCAUAUGUUGGCUCAAUCAAAGUGCAUGAGCGCUGUGCUCAACAACAAAAGAGAGGCAGACUGCAAAACGUUCCCUGUGUUCAAGUUUUUUAAUAAUCAGGCAAAGAAUCGCGAUGAACAGUUACGUCUCAUAGACACCUUGGCGCCGAUAUACUAA